AUGAAAAGAAAGUCAGAGGCCGAACUCUCAACACGACCAGCGAAGCGUCAGCGAAAUGGUACCCAAAUUCACCUGUUCGACUUAAGUGACGAACUCCUGCUGCGCACACUAUCGUUUCUACGCAUCGAAAGUCUGAUACGAUGCGAACGCGUUUGCCAGAAGUUGGGGAAAUUAUCAAGGGAUAAUUUGAUAUGGCGCGAGCGGUACUUCGCCCACUUUGUUAUACAAAGCACAAGACGUCUACCAUACCUGAAACCUGCGACUCUGCGCGAGUACGCCACUCCAAUAUUGCAUCGUUCGUCCCGUUAUACACAAUGGAUUGCGCACUCGCCUCUAGUACAUGCCGGCUCCGACACGAACUGGAAGCAGGUUUUCAAGGUCCAAUACAACUGGCACAGAGGAAGAGCUAGGACCUUUGAAAUGCAGGUAGGCUCCACCCCUACUCCAGUUGUGCUUGCGAAGGUGUAUCGAGGCUGCCUUUUCACGGCAGACCAAGAACAUGGCUUGCGUACCUGGAAGGAUGGCAUUGAGACAUGCAAGCAUGUUCUAAGCAGAAGGAGUGAUCCGUCUGCCCUGGAUAUUGAGUGCGAAGGAGGCCUCACACGUGUCUCUCUCGGCCAUAUUGACGGCUUUGUGGAGAUUUAUACUAUAGACGCAUUGGGAGGAAUUCAUUUGAGCGCUGAUGCUUCAUUUGGCGGAUCACCGAUAACGUCCGUGGCCCUGGCAUGGCCAUACCUGAUGACAAUGGACAAGUCGAAUUCCAUCGCACUGUUCAAGAGUUGCUGCUCGUCAAAUGAUGAUGAUGCACAUUUGGCACCUGCGGCACUGUCGCUUCGACGAACCCCAACAACUCUAAUGGCAGGCAUAGCUUACGCUUUCAACAGGUUCAGGUCUGGAUGGUGUUUGGGAUUGCAGGAAAUACGCAUGGAUCUUGCAGGCUCAGUCUUGAAGAACAGAACGACCUCAAGUGUGACCACACCACUUCGACAAUCUUUCAACGACCAACCGCAGUUCACAUCAAGGUCCGCCUCCACGUCGCCUUUCGGGCUGCAUCCUCAACUUAUGCGCGCUCCAAACAGCUUGUCAUAUUCGGGCUGUUACAUUCUAGCUACACUGCCUGACAACACGCUUAUGGUUUACACCGUCACCUCGACGGCAGAGAAACUGGAGAUCAACGUUGGAAGAAGAUUAUGGGGACACACCUCGGCAGUUUCAGCCGCGGAGGUCACCAGUACAGGCAAAGCUGUCUCGAUAUCUACAAACAGUGAAGAGAUGCGAUACUGGGAAUUGGAAGAAAUACUCAGUUCCUCUUCGCAAGGCAAGACAAGCACUGCUAUCAAAUCGUCUCACAUGCUGAACGACGCUAUCAACAAGAGAGGUAGCGGACUCGGCCUGGCUAUCAAAGAAGUCCAGCGAGAAAUGGAUUUUGUACGGAGAGGCAUAUCCUUUGAUGACGAGCAAGCAGUGGUGGUCGGGCAGCGAGAUCAGGGACAGUUCAUUUCAUGCUUCAAUUUCGCUUAA